AUGCUGAAGAACUCCGCCGUGUUACUGCGCCGUGGUAAGCCGCGUCCGCGCGCUGGCAUGUUCCCGGAUAAGUACCGCCGUGUCCCAGCACUGCUGAAGCCGCAGCAGGGUGGUCAGCAGUACUUCAAUGAGUUUCUCAUCCGCUCCGCCAACGACGCGCUAGAGGCGCAGCAGCAGCAACAGCAGCAGCAAGGGUACAACACGGCCUUCCGCGCUGGUGGUGCUGGUUCGGCCGCUGCCGACGGCGUUAAUGGUGACGAGAUGAGCAGUGUGCAUCCUCGCCUACCGCAGGCGGACAUUGGUGGAGUGCUGCAGCGCAGCCGCACCGACACAAUCCAGGCGGAGCUGAAGCAGCUGGUGGCGCAGGACGGAUUUGUGUCACAGCGUGGCUUCAACGAGCGCCUGUGGUACGAGCAGGAGCAUCGUCGUCUGCGCGCGCACGGCAACGGCACGGAGGCAAACCCGAGCGAAGCGGCCACGGCAUCCUCGUCGACUGCUGAAGCGGCAGCAGCGACAGCAGAGGAGCGUGCGCUGCCGGAGCGCAUCCUCGGCGAUGACUACUUUCAGAGUAAGUUCGGCUACUCACUUCUGAAGGAACAGCCGCCGGGUGCGUCUAUGGCGGCAGGCGAUAUCAACACAUAUUCCCAACUCGAUUGGUGGGCUGAGAUGCCCAAGUACAGCCGCGACUUUGUUUUUCUCUACCUCGUGUCGCGCCGCCGCAACACGUACGCCGUCGCGUACGACUACGAUGGCAAGCGGCUGCUGCCGACGUACACGGCGGGCAACCGCGGGCUGAAGGGCGGCGACCGCGGCUUCCGUGGAGACGGCUCGACGGACAAUGGCCACCAAGUGACGAGCAUGUACCUGAACGAUCUACUGCCAAAGAUUCGCGAGGCGCGGGCGGCGAGCGGGCGACCUCUAGGCCGCGGUGAGAAGGUGGAUCUUGUCGUUCGCGUGAUGGGCUUUUACAAUGGCCGGCAGGGCGCAGUGCGGGCGGUGCAGGAUCGCAGCACUGACUUUCGCGUUCGCUACUUGGAGGAUGUGACACCGUUUCCGCUGAAUGGGCCGAAGAUGCCGCGCGGUGUCUUCCGCUAA